CAGCAGCAGGGCGCAGACCCCAGCCCGCUCCUCCUCCUCCCUUCCCCGCUUCCCUGCCGAAACCCUUUGCCCCACGUUCGAGUUGGGGCAGCCACCCCCUCAAUAUUUGGGGAAAGCGGCUGCUGGCCCCGCCAUGGCCCGGGGAGGGGGAAAGGGCCCUGCUCUGGGAACGCAAACGAGCGCUUUAAUUUUUCAUGCAGGAACGGACAUGAAAAAUUCACGUGAAACCUUUUAGGAGGGACCGGGAGCACCCGCCGGUGCGUGCGGCUGCAAGGUUUGCAAAGCCUCGGCUGUCUCGAGCAGGGCGAAGGGUUCCAGUAAUGUGCAGCAACAACUCCAAAAGCUUUUCCAACCCUGCAGCCUUUGAGCACGUGCGACUCGAGCCCGUCUCUCUCUAGAGCCGACGAUAGUUUUGCUCUUACCUCCGGCGGGAGCCAGCAGGUCCGGAAAACCCUCCCGCAGCCAUGGCGCUGGUGAAGAGCGGUUGGCUUUGGCGGCAGAGCUCCAUCCUGCGCCGCUGGAAGAGAAACUGGUUCGUCCUCUACCUGGACGGCAGCUUGGUUUACUACCACGACGAGACGCAGCGCGACAUGGACGGCCGGAUCCACGUCAAAUACAGCUGCCGGGAUGUGAGGACUGGCCGCGAGUGCAGAGACGUGCAGCCGCCUGAGGGAAGGAGCCGCGACUGCCUGCUGACUGUCGUGCUGCGGGACGGCUCCAAGACGACGCUGUGCGCCGAGAGCGAAGACGAUGCCGUCGCUUGGAAGAUGGCCGUGCUGGAGGCUAAAUCCACGCCGGUGCACGUCUACGACCCCUACGACGACGACUACUACCAGACGGUGCCCCUCGACUCCCACCAGACCGCCUACAUCAGCUCCGGCCACUACGGCCACCAGUCCGGAGCUCCCGGGGUGACCCACGUCAUCGUGCGCGAGGAUCCCUACCGGGUCUCCGGGGAUCAGAUGGCCUUGGGGCUGCUGGCGGGGGCCGCCACCGGCGCUGCCCUGGGCUCCUUCAUGUGGAUGCCGUGCUGGUUUUAGCAGCCCCGCGCUCUCCUCCCGCAAGAUGCGGGGGCCCCCCUUCCCCAUGCUGGGUCGCAGCCCCCCGACACGGCCCCCAUUGCCUCCCCAGCCUGGUUUAACUCACCCCUGGCUUGGUACCCGCCCUGAGCCACCCUCGGUCUCCCAAAACCAUCCUGCUCGGCACCCUGCACCCUGGGGACAGAGAUCCAGCCCCAAACUCAUCCCGUAACCUCCUCCCAGCCCCGGCUUUUGCAUUAAAUAACCCCCACGUGCUUCAGAGACCCCCCCCCCAAAACCCCACAGCGCCCGAUUCCCAUCCGCAAAGGGCCUGGGGAGCUGCCGGGGCCGUCGGCAGAGGGGAGGGCGCAGUGUCCCAGCCCCGAAACCCGCCUCAAUUCCCCACCCCAAAUCUCCGCGGGGAGCUGGCUGCAGAAAUACCCAGGGGUUUUUGGACUGAGGGGGAGUUAUUUGGGGGAAGGUGGCUGAAUUUUUUUUUUUUUGCAGCCCCGGCUUGGCCAGGUGAAGCCCACAGCACCGCUGCUUUUUAAGGGGUUUUGGGUUUUUUUUUUUUUUGGAGGGAGGCUCCAGCACCGGAGCGGGAGCGCAUGCUGAGAUGAGAGGCAACCCCAGGGAUGCUCCAGAGACAGGUUAGAUUAAAGAUUAAGGGGGCUGAAAACCUUUGCAGGAUUUCCCCCCGCUUCCAGCUUCGCACCGGUCCCCCGCGCCUGGCCAAGCUAGAGAAAUGGUGCGAAACUCCCUGGGAAUUGGGGCUAAACCCCUGGGAAUUGGGCUGGGAAGAGCCCUGGGAAUAUCACAGCUUCCCCAGCCAAGCGGCGGUCACUGCGGGAGGGACGCGCAGCACCUCGAGUUUCACCCUGAUUUUUGGGAGGGGGAGAAAUCACCUGGGGACAAGAGCAGCUCUCCCUGGGGAUCAGGGACCCUUUCUGGCAGCCAAGCUGGGAUCUUCGAAGCAGGGAUUUGGGAUUGAGUUGGGACACACACACACACACACACACACACACACACACGGUCCCUUUGGGUGGCCCUGAGGCCAGGGGACAAGCAGCAGCUCACAUGUUUGGGCAGCACCAGGCAGACGUCGUGGAGGGAAGGGGGAGAGGCGCAGCUGCCGAGCGUCGCCCUUAGAGGCACGAUUUUAUCCUGGAGACACCAUCGAUAUUAAACAAAUUCAAGAAUUACAAAGAAAAACCACAGCUAGAUUUAAAAAAACAAAAAAAACCAAACAAAAAAACAAACAAAAAACCCAGUGACACCAGCACCCCAGCCCGCUCUUGCCGUUAAAGCCCCGGAUCGGUUUGUCCCUGCGCCCGACGGGGGAUCGGGAUAUCCCAAAACACCGUCCUCAUCCUCCCCCCGGCCUCCCUUGCCUCGCUGCUGCUGCAAACCCGCUCCCGUCAGCUGCAUCGAUUUUUGGAGAGAGAAGAAAAGG